CUCCCUACUACUGAGGAAGCUCUUUGAAAAAAAAUGCUCAUUAAGACUGUAAACACGGCUUCUGUCUGGGACCCUUGAUGGGUACAGAUUAGGACGUGUUUCCUAAAGUGUGGCCGCCCUCUCAAACCUCAAUCCUGUGCCCUUUUGGAGCGAGAGAGAGAGAGAGAGAGAGCGAGAGAGAGCGAGAGAGAGAAGCUGGUGUGCACAUGAACGUUCUGUUGGACACAAUUUCUAUUUGUUCGCAUCUUCCUUUGGUUUGUUAUCCGACUGGGAAAAGACAACGAGGACAACAUUGGAAAACCGCUUUCAGGAUCAUCAGAGAAGGUCAUUGGAGCGGGAACCUCGCCACUGUGGGCUCAUAAACCUGAAAUCGACUGUUGACCUGAAGAUUGGUCCGAUUUCAUCUCACCAUGAGUCACGAUUGAAUCAAUUCCAAUAAGACAGUUUAGUUUCCUUCUUGAACCAGAAACGUACGGACGGAUACAUUGACGAGAUUUUUUUUUUAAAAGAGCCAUAUCCAGAAGACGAAAUCAUGAGCGAAUGGGGCUUCCUCGGCGGACUCUUUGACAGCCUCCAAGCCCACUCGACGAUGCUCGGCCGUUUCUGGCUCUUGCUCAUGCUUGUCUUUCGGAUUCUGAUCCUGGGAACCGUCGCCAGCGACCUGUUCGAUGACGAGCAAGAGGAGUUCGCCUGCAACACCCUGCAGCCGGGCUGCAAGCAGGUGUGCUACGACAUGGCCUUCCCCAUCUCCCAGUACCGAUUCUGGGUGUUCCACAUCGUCCUCAUCGCCACGCCGUCGCUGGUCUUCCUCAUGUACGUCAUGCAUCACGACAACAAGAGGGACGCUCGCUCUAAAAUCCGCCGAAAUAGCAGGCGGGUGUACAGGGAAGACCUCCAUUUGAGGAGGAUGUACGUCGUCAAUGUGGCGUUCCGCAUAUUCGCAGAACUCGGCUUCCUGGCAGGCCAGUGGAGGCUGUACGGCUUCAAGGUGGAGGCCCAGUUCCCCUGCAGCCGCUUCCCCUGCCCCUACACGGUGGACUGCUUCACCUCCCGCCCCGCGGAGAAGACCGUCUUCCUCUGCUUCUACUUCACCGUGGGGGUGAUAUCGGCGAUCUCCAGCUGCGCCGAGCUUCUCUACAGCUCCUUUAAGUGGUUCUGCGUGAGCCGGCUGCCCUUGGCCCCGGAGAGCUCCUGCGUCUGCCACAACCUCCUCAACAUCAAGCAUGAGGAGGUGCAGGAGGAGGAGGAGGAGGAGAAGCCACGAGGAAGGACGGCGUCGGAGCCCGGCAACACAAGGCCGAAAGGGGGAUCGGUGAGGAGCGGCGCCAGCAGGAAGGUCUCCGGCGUCGGCCACAAGCCCAGGGGAGGCAAAUAUGUGAGCACCAGGACGUUCAUGGUGUGAGGCGGCCAUGAUGCUACGUGAUCGUUAGAGCGAUGCUCCUCGUGCCUCCUCGCUCUUUCGAGGAUAUCACAUGAUAACGAAGAAAGGGUGUUUCAUGACUGCAGACAUCAUGAGGAAAUGCUCGGGAGAGGUCGCAGGAACAGGAAGUGAACGCCGACAAAAGGAGAGCGACGGCUCCGAUAAGGCCGGCGCGCGUUGUUGAUUUGUUUGCUCUCACGAAUCAGACCGACCCGUAAACAGUUCGGGGGGAGGGUGGAGCUUGAUACACUUGUGUAACACUGACUCUGUCUCUGUUUCAAAGAUAAUGGGUUGUGUGCCACGCCCUUCCUAACAAUAGUGAACGUUGUGUUAUUCCAGUGAUUUUGGGACAUUGAAGUUAAAAUCUAUAGAUGAAGAUAACUGCCGGAAACCGUUUCCUGGCAUGGCACACACACUGGAAACGGGCUCUCACGGGCUCAGUGAUCUUUCAUCCAGAUGUUUUACUGAAUGUAAUGAAUUGUUAAUAUAUUUAAUUUUCUUUGCACGAUAAGAUAUGUAUGCUUAUCUUUUUUUGUUUAAUUGCACUGUAAAAAGUUAAGUGGAAACCAUAUCAGAAUGAGAUGAUUUGUCAUCUGCUACUUUUAAUCUCAAAAAUUACAUUUUAUUCUCUCACUCAAAAUGUGAUUUCUAUUUAAUCUUUUUUUAAAUCACUCUUCAUCCAACCACAUUAAUAGGAUAUGGUCCUUAUUAACCGUAUCACUUGGACACUCGUUAAACCUGCCUCAUAUCAUCACCUGCAGAACAUUAGAAAUACACUCAAAAAUGUGUUUCCCUUAUUAUCAGAUCAAGUUUUUAUAAAUAAAAAAAUGGAAAUAUG